AUGAACACGAGUCCUGGGGAUUACAAUAAUGACAAAGGGGUGUUUUUGUUGACGGCUUGUCUGUGGGCAAACUGAUUGGAUAAUAUUGGUGCCGGAGAGACGUGUCCUAUCCAGUGAUGUGACUGGGUUUGAUGGCUUUCUGCAAGGCAGACCGGCAAAAUGAAAGUUGAGAACAAGAGAGGCGAUUGAUGCCUCCGGUGUUCUCCAGGAUUUGAUUUGACAGCGUGUUUGAAAGAACUGCGAGUUCACGCAACGCCACCUGAUUGAGAGGCAUAUGUUUUCUGUCUGCACACACAUCCCGUGGUACCGCGGGCGACUUCACGCGUUCUGUGUUGACGCCCGGACACCGGGAAAACAUUGGUGAUGCCGCGCGGUUUAGGGUAAUUGUGAAAAGUGAUAUAAUCGUAUUCGUGGUAAAUGAGUUAUGCGAACACCCACUGACUUCAUCGACAUGAUAAUGGUAAAAUAUCUCGCCGGGUUUUGACGGGCUGACCAGGGACACUCCAGGAAGCUGAUCUAGCAGAAGGCCCAGUCCACAGUCAGCUAGGCAGGAUGACAGAGGGGGUGGAGUUGGAGGCCAGACAGAACCAGUCCCACAGGACCCAGAGGACCAGACCGAACCAGACCCAGGGUGACACAGUUCUGCUGAGGAGGGGUAGUGGAGGAGAGGGGCCUAAGGGACCCGAGGUUAGGGCAGAGAGGUCCAGGGGGUCUGAGGUUGGAGCAGAGGGGUCCAGUGGGUCAGAGGAUGUGGUAGAGACACGGACGUCUCAGGACUGGACCGGGGUGAACCACAGUACUGUGAGGAGGAGCACAGACAGUGACUCAGAGGAGCAAGAGGAAAACGAGGAGGAGGAGGAGGGUUCCCUCCAACACCACCACCUUACUGGGUUACCACCCCACAAUGGCCCAACUGGAGAACCAGGGGCUGGGCUGUCUGGGAACGGGUAUGCCCAACAGGUGGCCCCAGAUGGGGGCUGGGGCUGGGUAGUCCUGGUGGCUACUAUCCUGGUCCUGGCUCUAACGCUGGCCUUCCCUUCCUGUAUUGGCAUCUUUUACACGGAGCUACAGGCUGAGUUCAGCUCCAGCAACACAGAGACGUCCUGGGUGCCUGCUAUCAUGACUGCUGUGCUGCACGCUGGUGGUCCACUAUGCAGCGUGCUCGUGGAACGCUUUGGUUGCCGGGUAACGGUGAUGGUGGGAGGGGUUCUGAGUGGACUAGGCAUGGUGGUCAGCGCCCUGGCCAGAACCAUCACAGAACUCUACAUCACCAGCAUCAUCGCAGGGUUGGGGUUCUGCCUGUCCUUCCAGCCCUCUGUGACCAUGAUGGGGCACUACUUUUUGAGGCGGCGGGCGUUUGCCAACGCCCUGUCGUCCACCGGCACGGCCCUGGGCCUCAGCACCUUACCCCUGCUGGCCAACUUCCUGCUGGGCCAGUUUGGCUGGAGAGGCAGCUUCCUGGUCCUGGGAGGGCUGCUGUUGAACUGCUGUGUGUGUGGGGCUGUCAUGAGGCCCCUGGGGGCCAAACACAGUGGAGCCCAGAGGACACUCACUAACAAGGCUGCCCAGGGGCUCAGCAAGCAACCAAUCAAAGGUCCUCUCCAACAGGAGAAGGAGGGAAUUAAGACAAGACUUAGGGCAGCGUUCAGUGCCCUUGUCGUGUUCCUACGGAGACACAUGGCCUUUGACCUGUUGGUCAGUAACCCUCGUUACCGUGCCUACGCCCUGGGAGUGACGUGGAUGAUGUUGGGGUUUGUAGUUCCCCUAGUCUACCUGGUGCCCUAUGCUACAGCCAAUGGUAUGGAACAGGACCGAGCCGCGCUACUGAUGGCCAUACUGGGCUUGGUUAACAUUGCUGUGAGACCCGUGGCGGCUGUCUUCUUCGGCCUGCCGCGCUUCAGGGGCAGUGGCUGUUUUGUGUAUGUGUUUGCGGUAGCCCUCCUGGUCAACGGGCUGAGUAACAGUAUCUGUGGUGCGGCCGCCACCUUCCCCGUGCUCCUGAUCUACGUGGUCAUCUUUGGUCUGUCCAUGUCUGUGAUUGGCUCUCUGCUCUUCACGGUGCUGAUGGAGACGGUGGAGAUGAGCCGGUUCCCCUCUGCCCUGGGUCUCAUCAGUAUGUUAGAGAGUGGAACACUGCUGAUUGGACCGCCACUCUCAGGCAUGUUGGUGGACAGUACAGGACACUACUCUUAUGUGUUCUAUGCCUGCAGUGUGACCGUCUCCUCCUCUGGCCUCUUCCUCAUCGCAGCGUUCUACUAUCUGGACAGACAGAAGAAGAGGGAAGAGAAGAAGAGAGCAGGUCCUCCUGCUGCUGUGUACCAACAGAAGCCUGCUAUCAGCCUAGUCCCUGACUGCCAGUACAACCAUGUUCCUUCUACACAGGGAGGGAGAUCAGCGGACACUGUUUGUGUCACCAACGUGUGACUUACUAAUAUGCACGUGUGUAACCCAGUAAGACAAACCGUCUACCUGCCUGCCUUUAGAAUUACAUUUAGAAUGAGAAUGAAGUAAGGAGGUAGCCUUCCAUGAGCCUUGGCCUGUAGGAGCUGCAGCUUAUCACAGGACCUGCUCACUGUGUAACGCCUCACUAUGAGGAAUCAAUGAAGGAUCUCUGUGGUGUCUGCUGUCUUCAGAGGGAAGCACUGGGAGGUUACACAUACACUACUGUUAUCAUCACUGUGAUUCCUAUGUAUGUACAUACAUAAACAGGCAUUCACAACACAGGGUUUGCACACAGAUUUAGUCUCUCUCUCUCUCUCUCUCUCUCUCUCUCUCAUCAACGGACACAUGAGGCUGAAAGACACAACAUCACUGUUUCAUUCAGACCCACUAGUGGACGCUACAGUAGAACUGUCUAACAUACUGCCCACUAGUAGACGCUACAGUAGAACUGUCUAACAUACGGCCCACUAGUAGACGCUACAGUAGAACUGUCUAACAUACUGCCCACUAGUAGACGCUACAGUAGAACUGUCUAACAUACGGCCCACUAGUAGACGCUAGAGUAGGACUGUCUAACAUAUGGCCCACUAGUAGACGCUACAGUAGGACUGUCUAACAUACGGCCCACUAGUAGACGCUACAGUAGGACUGUCUAACAUACGGCCCACUAGUAGACGCUACAGUAGGACUGUCUAACAUACGGCCCACUAGUAGACGCUACAGUAGGACUGUCUAACAUACGGCCCACUAGUAGACGCUACAGUAGGACUGUCUAACAUACGGCCCACUAGUAGACGCUACAGUAGGACUGUCUAACAUACGGCCCACUAGUAGACGCUACAGUAGGACUGUCUAACAUACGGCCCACUAGUAGACGCUACAGUAGGACUGUCUAACAUAGGGCCCACUAGUAGACGCUACAGUAGGACUGUCUAACAUACGGCCCACUAGUAGACGCUACAGUAGGACUGUCUAACAUACGGCCCACUAGUAGACGCUACAGUAGGACUGUGUAACAUACGGCCCAC